GCUGACCAUGGGUGAACUGAUGUCUGAUGUAGUGAACAAGCCAUGGGUUGGAUUAGAUUUACAGAAGCCACCGACGUGUAAAGUGUUCAGGUGUGAAGAGCGCAGCAGAGCUUUGGAAUUGUGCUCUUGGGGUUUUGAGAAUGAAGCUGUUCUGACGAGUUUCCUAGCUCAGUUAGAGAAUGCAGGAAACUAUACACGUGCAGCGGCUGUUGCAGUUUUUAACCAGCGUAUAAAGCAGGCAAUACAGAUCUUGCAGAAGGGUGCAGCAGUUAAAGAGCCAACACUGAAUUCAACUGCCAUGGCUCUGUCUGGAUUCACAGAAGAUCGCAAAGCAUUGUGGAGGGAAACGUGUAUGAUGCUGCGUUCCCAGCUGACUGACCCAUAUCUGCGUGCCAUGUUUGCCUUCCUCACAGAUGAUGCAGAUUCCUUUGACCCAGUUCUAGGAGAGACAGAUAUGGCAAUCCAAGAUAGAGUAGCAUUUGCGUGUAAUUACUUAAGUGAUGCCAGGCUAAUGGAGUACUUAGAAAGGCUAAAGAUGAGACUUACAGAGGCUGGAAACCUUGACGGUAUUUUGCUCACAGGUCUCUGUCCUGAGGGAAUCGAUUUGCUUCAGCGAUACGUAGAUCUUACUGGUGACGUGCAAACUGUUGCAUUAGUUACAAUACAUACACUUCAGCAUGCUGUCAAUAAAGAUUCUCGAUUGAGCCACUGGGUACAGAGUUGGAAAGGGAUGACCACACCCCUCAGCAGGUCAGGGGAAAUGGUCCAAGUCUGCCAGAUGACACCCAGGACAGUUAUGGAGGGUGGAUCCUCGCUGAUGGAUGGGUCCGGCACAGGGAGCUUGACACUACCCACAUCCAACAGUGACAAGUCUUGCAAGCCAGGGAACAAUGCAUGUCACGAUCUCCUGUCAAACAAGCCGUGUAACAAGCAUCUUUGUCUCCUGCGAGAUAAAAUUUUGUCUAGCUCUAGAGCAGUUGCCAAUCACAUUAUCUGA